UUAAAGAAUUUAAGAAAGCUACAGAAGAUAACAACAUAGGUUUCAGAAGACAAAUAUAGCCAUGCAGACAUUUGGAGACCACCUCUCAUCAUCUGAACUGUAUGAUUUGCAGAUACUUGGUGACCCACCUAAUGGGUGCAGACCUUAACAACAUCGUCAAGUGUCAAAAGCUGACCGAUGACCACGUCCAGUUCCUCAUCUACCAGAUUCUCCGAGGCUUAAAGUACAUCCAUUCUGCAGAUAUUAUCCACAGAGACUUGAAGCCUAGUAAUCUGGCUGUGAAUGAAGACUGUGAGCUCAAGAUCCUGGACUUUGGUUUGGCACGGCACACAGAUGAUGAGAUGACCGGCUACGUAGCCACCCGGUGGUACCGAGCCCCAGAGAUCAUGCUCAACUGGAUGCACUACAAUAUGACAGUGGAUAUCUGGUCAGUGGGCUGCAUCAUGGCUGAACUACUCACUGGACAGACGCUCUUCCCUGGCACAGACCGUAUCCUUCCAGCACUGGCAUUGCCAUGCAAAAACAUUGAUCAGUUGAAACUUAUAAUGAUGCUCGUUGGAACCCCAGGGCCCGAGCUGUUGAUGAAAAGCUCUUCGGAGUCUGCGAGGAACUACAUUAACUCACUUCCUCAGAUGCCUAAGAGGAACUUUGCUGAUGUGUUUAUCGGUGCCAACCCUCUUGCUGUGGACUUACUGGAGAAAAUGCUGGUGCUAGACACAGACAAACGGAUCACAGCCUCCGAGGCUCUAGCCCACCCGUACUUCGCCCAGUACCACGACCCGGACGACGAGCCAGAAGCAGAGCCUUACGACCAGAGCUUUGAAAGUCGUGAGCUGGAGAUUGAGGAAUGGAAGAGUAAGUUGGCACAUUGUGGAUACCUGGGGCAAUAACCUGAACUAGCUGGG